UUGCCUGGAGCGUUCGGCUCCUGGCGUGGUCUGAGUACAGAACUACAUUUCCCAGUGUGCCGCGGGCUCUGGGAAGGCGCUUUUAGUCUCGGACUGGACUGGGGAGUCGUCGCUGUCGCUGUGGCUGAUGCUGCCGCCGUGGGCGCGGACCUGGUGAUGUCUCCAGUCUUUGGCUGCUGUAUCCCAGCACAGAAUGCUGCUUUGUACUACCAGUGCCCACAAGCUUGAGACUGUGUAUGACCAUAAGUUUCUAAAGAUGUCUAUCAAAGAAUCUCAUGGAAAGGAAGAAAAGUCUCAGAAAAAACAGACUACCUCUUCACCAACUUUUGAUGACAAGAAAGAGGGAGAAAUCUCAGCAGGUUCUACUAGUUCAGAACAUGGUGUUAAGUCUGUUUCAACCAAGAAGAGAAAACUGAAACCAGAUGAUACAGACAUUGUAUACUAUAAUACAAAUAGAAAACACAGUCUGAAAAGAUUGAAUGUAGAAGUUGGCAUGCCUAAAAAGAGACCAAAAUUCAGUUCUUCGACCCAAGUAGCAUCAUAUUUAAAUAAUAAUCAAAUUACUUCACACAGUUGUUCAUCAGAUGGAACUAAAGAUACUAAAGUUAAAGAUUGUAAAUUGACAGAUAUUGGAAGUAAGCUUGAUUAUGAAAUAAAAAAGCAUAGUCACAUUAAAAUUACCAAAGAUACGAAAUCUAAAGCUGAAGGCCAGACAAAGGAAAAGAAUUGGCCUUCUUUGCUUAUUCAGAAGAAGAUGAAAGAACUCAAGAAAGAAAAAAACAAUAAAGACAGUUCGGAAGAAUUGGAGAAAUGCAAGAAAAAUCAACUUCCUCAGAAUUAUAAUUUCAGCAAUAUAAUCAAGGAACCAUUUGAAUCAGGAAGAAAGAAGAUCAGCUUCAAAAUUCCAAAAAAAUCCUCUAGUACCCUCCAAAAGCUUGUAGAAGAAAACAUCUUUAGUGCAGGCUUUAGUAAGUCAGAGAGUAAGCAGGAGGAGAAGGAACACUUGCCAAGUCACCAGACGUCACUAAAUCUGGCCAGGCACAAAACUGAAAACUCGUUUUCAGGUUCUACACAUAAGCAGUGUGUGUGUGAGAGGAAAAGAAAGUACCAUCAUGAGCACCAGGAAGCAAAUGAUUCAGAUUCAAAGGAGAACCAUGCCCAGAGUUUUGAAAUACCAUGUUCAUCAGUAUCAUCAGAGAAUAUCCAAGAUGCAGAUGAAGAGAUGCAGAUAGUAGAAGAGCUCCAUGCUGCGCGUGUGGGAAAAAGUGUGGAUUUACCUGUGGCUCUGCCAUCUGGAGAGCUAAUGAGUAUGGAGAUUGACUUGGUGGAAGAUGAUGCACAUUCCUCUGCUGGUGUACUCUCAAAUACCGCCUCAGACAAAAAGCUUCUAAUCAUUAUUGACACAAAUAUUCUGAUGAAUCAUCUCAAAUUUGUUAAAAUUUUGAAGACGACAGAAAUACCAGGAUUUGAUACACUUGUGUUAAUAAUUCCCUGGGUGGUGAUGCAAGAGCUGGAUCGUAUGAAGGCAGGAAAAUUACUAAAACAUGUCCAACAUAAAGCUGUCCCUGCGAUUCAUUUCAUCAAUGACAGCCUUAAAAGUCAAGACAGAAAGCUAUGGGGUCAGUCAUUGCAGCUGGCAUCUCAGAAACUCUAUGGAAUGAGUGACGAGAACAAUGACGAUCGAGUACUAAAGUGCUGUCUUCAGUACCAGGAGUUAUUCCCCUGUUCUCUUGUUACUCUGUGCACGGAUGAUAGAAAUUUAAGAAGUAAAGGCCUGAUAAGUGGUGUGAAGUCACUCAGUAAAGAAGAACUGGAUACAGAGAUACUAAAUUUAACUCUGAACACAGAUUUGUGUCAUCAACCUUGUAUUUCUAAGCAGCAGUUGAAAGCAGAACCACCAGCUGUAGAAAAGACUUGUAAAGAAGAACCUACGAACUCUGGCCUGUCCAUCCUACUUGAACACAUUAUAUGUGACCUUGAAAAAUGUCUUGGGACAGCUUUAUCUUCAAUAUUAGAAACAGAAAUGAAAAUUGCUUUUGGAAAUCUUUGGAUGGAGGUGCUGUAUAUGAAACCACCAUGGACUCUAAUAAAUCUAUUACAGUGCUUUAAAAAACAUUGGAUGGCUGUAUUUGGAUUAGUUAUGGAAAAUAACUUGCUUAUAACUAUUGAGAGCCUAUAUGAAAAUCUCUCUAAAGCAAAUAAGGCAGUGGAUUUUACAACAGUGAAAUUCUUGCUUCAGGAUUCUAAAAGUUUGUUACAUGCCUUCAGUACAAGGUCAAAUUAUGAUGGAAUUCUUCCCCAGACCUUUGCUCAAGUAAACAAACUACUACAAGUACUUGCAGAGGUCAAGACAAAACUUAAGCCAAAUUCUUCAGAAAGCACAUUGAGUAGAAAGCAGGAAGACACUUCUUUGAUGAAGCUUCAUAACCAAGACGUCAAUGUUUUCUUGGAUUCUAAUCUUCCCCAGUUCACCAGGCAUCAAGAAAUCUGGUCUGUCCUGGAGAAUGUUUGGACUUCAAUAUAUCAGAACAGCACAGAUGUGUUUCAAACACUGGACUCAAGUUCAACCCUGACAACUUCAAAAAUAGCAUCAUUUGAAGAAGCUUUUGUAUAUCUUCAGAAGUUAAUGGUGGCAGUGAAGGAUAUUCUUGAAGGAAUUCAAAGGAUUUUGGCUCCUAAUAGUAAUUACCAAGAUGUUGAGACUCUCUAUAACUUCCUAAUCAAGUAUGAGGUAAACAAAAAUGUCAAAUUUACUGCCCAGGAACUUUAUGAUUGUGUGUCUCAGACUGAGUAUCGGGAAAAAUUAACCAUUGGAUGCCGCCAGCUGAUUGAGAUGGAAUACACCAUGCAGCAGUGCAUAUCAACCUUCAAAAAGUAA